UCGCCCCUGGCAGCCAUGUGGUGUACUGACCUGACGGUGGUGAAGCGGACAUAAAGCGGACAAAGCGGUGGGAAUUUACUGAAAGCCUUUAUUCCUUAUUUCGCCACUUCAGCACAGCUGUUGUUGUUCCCCACGUCGUGAGUUUGGAGGUCACGCAUUUCCGGUCUAGCGUGGAGCUCUACAGCUGCAGCGGUCUGCAGACCCUUCUCCAAGAACACGACCCAUAGCUCCAAUCAAGGCAUUGCGCUACAAGUGUUCCCGAGAGUUGCAGCGCUGCAUCCCACAAAGGAAGAGGAGUAUUUCAACAUGAGUUUAGACGAUGGUGACUUGGAGAACCAGGCUGAGCUGGAAGAGAAGACGAGGCUGAUCAACCAGGUGUUGGAGCUUCAACACACUUUAGAGGACCUGUCUGCUCGGGUGGAUUCUGUCAAAGAGGAGAACCUGAAGCUGAAGUCGGAGAACCAGGUUCUUGGUCAGUACAUUGAGAACCUUAUGUCUGCCUCCAAUGUCUUCCAGACCACUGACACCAAGAGCAAACGAAAGUAGGGAGAACAUCAAGAGCCUUGACCUAGAACUCCCCCACAGGAUAUCCUCAACCUGAACCCAACACCUGAUCCUAAAGCAUUCUGGAUGGCUGGACUCUGUUAUCAACAUUAGGGACCCUUAGUGCUAAAGAAUAAAACAAGUUCAGUUUGUCACAACGUUCAUCUGUACAGAAGGUGGCAGUUUUUUGUCUAAUCCAAAUGUAAACAACACAAAAAAGAAAUCCAAAACUGGAGCCUAUUUGUUUUUUUGCAGGAAAAUCAGACUGAAAACAAAAGACCAACCUGUUUAUGAAGCUCGUCCACUCAGCAGAUAUGCACCACAGGAUUUAGAUAUUUAGCUGUGAUAACUAUAACCCUCCUGUGUGUGUGUGUGUGCAUGACGACAGCCAUGCAGACCAAUUUGAUGCAGUGUGCGGUGUAUAGUCUGAGCACUGACAGGCUGACCCCCCCACCCCUUCAACCUCUGCAGCAAUGCUGGCAGCACUCAUCCGUCUUUUGUCCAAAGACAACCUCUGGAUAUGACGCUGAGCACGUGCACCCAACUUCUUUGGUCGACCAUGGCGAGGCCUGUUCCGAGUGGAACCUGUCCUGUUAAACCGCUCUAUGGUCUUGGCCAACGUGCUGCAGCUAAGUUUCAGGGUGUUGGCAAUCUUCUUAUAGCCUAGGCCAUCUUUAUGUAGAGCAACAAUUAUUUUUGUCAGAUUCUCAUAGAGUUCUUUGCCAUGAGGUGCCAUGUUGAACUUCCAGUGACCAGUAUGAGAGAGUGUGAGAGCGAUAACACCAAAUUUAACACACCUGCUCCCCAUUCACACCUGAGACCUUGUAACACUAAGGAGUCACAUGACACCGGGGAGGGGAAAUGGUUAAUUGGGCCCAAUUUGGACAUUUUCACUUAGGGGUGUACUCCCUUUUGUUGCCAGCGGUUUAGACAUUAAUGGCUGUGUGUUGAGUUAUUUUGAGGGGACAGUAAAUUUACACUGUAAUACAAGCUGUACACUGACUACUUUACAUUGUAGCAAAGUGUUAUUUCUUCAGUGUUGUCCCAUGAAAAUAUAUAAUAAAAUAUUUACAAAAAUG